AUGCAAAAUAAUAAUUUUAGAAGACCUUAUUUUUCUGUUCAUAACACCCCAUAAACAUCUGGAAUAAUAAAAAGGUCUAGAAUUGUAAUUAAAAAAAAUAACAUAAAAUUGAAGAAUAUUAAUGUGCCUAAAUUAGAAAGAAGACUUAGUGUUCCUCAUAAUAUGAAAUUUUUUUAAAGGAGAUAUGUUCCUAUACAAAUGUUGAGAACUUAAUAACACUAACCUAGUAUUAAAGAUUCCAUAUCUCCCACAAGACUAUCAAAAAUAAGAACUGGGAGAAAUACACUCAAAUUUUCAGAACACAUUUCUAAUGAACAAAGCCCAACCGUUGUCGUUAACAACCAAAAAGUAGAUGAUUAAGUGAAAGAAGUUUAGAAAAGAAAAAGUUGUGAUUGUUCUGAAUGUGGUAAGCAAUCAUUAUUCUAAAGGGACACCAUGAAUUAUGGUGUUUAAAUUAGUCAUUUAGUGAAAGAGCAGGAGUCUGCGAUUAACAAAUUUAAAAGAACAAUACGAAAGCAACAAACUCUGUUAUUCCCUUAAUUUCUCAAUACUCCAAAAAAUAGUGCAAGCAGCGAAAAUAUCGUGGAAGAAAUCUAGAUUCAUAGAGAUGAAAUAAUGAUUAAAUCAUUCGCUCACAGACCAACUUUAAGUAGCUUAGUUUUUGAGGAAUAAGCAUCAAUGAAUAAAUAAUCGCCUAUUAAUUCAUAGACAAGAAUUAAACAUAGCUAUAUUGAAUCCUUUUUAUUGAAGCAAAAGAAGCUAAUAAAUAAAGAAAAAUAAUAAUUCUCUAGAUAAACAGGAUUAUUUGAAUCUUUACAUAAAAAGAGCAAUUUUUCCAAUAAAAAUACUUAAAUGCAUACUCCAACAAUUCUAACUCCUAGAUCUCCGGGCUCAUCAUUCGUUACAGGGUUUCCGUCGUAAUCACCUGUGAAAAGGAAUAAUUAAAUUAACGUUUAUUUGUAGCCUCAAAAGUCAAAAUUCUUUAAAAACUAAAAUAGAAUUACAACACUUCCUGAGGUACAUUAAUGA